UUGCCAUCACAUAUCCAACUUGUUCGGUUGCCAAUCAACACUUGUCGGCAUCCUCACUGACCAUGCCACCGCCAUUCGUCGAUCCCUCCAACGACGACGCCCCCGGCUUCGGAGCACUGGCCGCCCAGAAGUUCCCCCAUACACGGGCACAGCUCUCAGCUAUAUACCGGCAGCACAAAGGCGGCCUCCUCGAGAGUUAUAACGAGGACAAUGACGGCGACGAAUCAGCCCGCAUCAGCACCUCCAUGGUCAUGAAAGUGGUCACACUUCUCGGAGACGAACAGGAAGAUAAGCUCAAGGAGCUUCUUCAAACGAAUUUUGGUGUUGACGACUCUGAUAUGUUGGAACAACACGUCCUCGAUCUUAUGCAUAAACAUCGCGACGACGUUGCAGGUGUCCCUUUCCUGUUUUUAACGCCGACUAGACGUCCAAUAUCACGACCGUCAUCUAGAGCUUCUUCUCCCUCUACACGGGUCAACUCGAAUAGGCCAGAUACCCCUGUUUCUCUGCCAAAUUCUCCGUUACCCGUCGGUUUCCGUCGUCCUCACACCCCAGUCACUUCACCUCUCGUCAGUGGAAAUGCUUCAUCCUACAUGACUGCUCGCAGCGUUUCGCCAAUGCAUUCCCCCGUCCUUGCACAUGCACAAGCUACACAAGCUCACGCCCAGUUUGCUGCUAGCCUCCCAUCCUCUCCCAUCUCGUCACCAAGACUUCUCAGUGCCAAAGCUACCGAAUUCAAGCCCAUCCAGAGACCUCUGUCUGCUGCCUCAUCAAAUCCUGCCACCCUUUCUGGAUAUAGGGCCGAGACCCCUUCACCAGACCUGUGGUCACAUAGUCCACUCAGACCGAGCUCGAACCUGGCAAUUGCCGCACCCUUGCUUCCAGAACAGCCUCGAGCAGUCACGCCAAGUUCCCUGCGAUCGUCCCUGAAACCUGGAGAGGAUGAAGAUGAAGAUGACCCGUUCGAUCCAUUCGCAUCCAAAAGCGGCCCUCCUUCUUUCCAUCCCAUCACAAUUACGGACUAUGAUCAGUGGUCAGACACCGCACCUUCCAACUCUUCCCUAUCACCAGAGGGUGUGCAGCAAGGGUACUAUCCACUCGGUUACGGCCAGGACUCACCAUAUGGCAACGACGUCGAAGAUCCUGAUGCUGUUGCAUACCUCACUAAUGGCAUGACUCCCCUGGAUGUACUUGGUUCCGUGUUUGGGUCCACUUUAGCGCCUUCGGAACUCGAAGAGGCACUCUCACAGAAUGGGUACGAUUUCGAGAAAGCCAUGGCCUGGCUUAUCGAUCGGGCCUUACCCCCCGUGCCACAGUCCACCCAACCCAGAGUACAACACGUGGGGAAUCGGGUUGCACUCAUCAGCCGGGAUAGUCCAGUGACUAAUUUGCGUGGUGGGCGAGGCUUCCAGGUCCCAACUCGAGCCACCGGGCGCGGCACGGGUGUCCGUGGGACUCCGACCGCCAACGGCAGAGUGUGUCGAUAUUAUCUAGCGGGUGAAUGUCUGCGAGCCGAUUGCAGAUUCAGCCAUGAUUUAGAGCGUGCCCUUUGCCGGUUCUGGUUGCGAGGCACUUGCGCUAAGCAAGAUCAGUGUGAAUUCCUGCACCAGCUGCCUGACAAUGUGGAUGUCUCUACUGUUACGAACGCGCUAUCGAGGACUAACUUUGGUAGUAAUAACGGUAAUUCGCAUUCGGGUACCUCAAGUCCUCCCGCGGAGGACUUCCCUGCGUUGGGCUAUGAAAGCGCUGGGGCGAGUAGAAAUAGAAAGGGGUACAGUGCACGGGACGGUCACUGGCAACACGAUCCGGGUCGAACGCGAUUUGCUGCUGCCGUCAAGCGCGCGCCUCCCACGGCCGCCCCUGCCGAUCGUGCGAUGGUGACCCGUCGCGAGUCUCAAACAAAUAGUAACACAGCCGAUAACCUUCCCUUGAGAACGACGAUCGUGGCUCCCAAGCCAUCCCCACGCAUCAAGUUGCGUUCUCCCACGCUUCUUCCGACAUUGGCUAUGGGCGAGUCUAUCAACAACCUGUACAUGUCGUAUCGAGCUCGUGCGCUGCAGCUGGGAGCUGCCAGGAACGCAUGUUUAUCGCGCGCUGCGGAUGCUUGGAGGCGAGGUGACGGUGCGGCUGCUAAGCGAUUCAGUAGAGAAGGUCAUGAUCUGAAUGCAAAAAUGAGCCAGGAGAUGGCGGAGGCUGCGGGGAAACUUGUUAGAGAGCGUGCUAAGUUGGCCGAGCAGGCGGUCAGAAGCCGAGAUUCGAGCUGGUCGGACGACCUUAGCGACCGCUCCACGAGGGGGCGUACUUGUGGUGGCGGUCUGGGCAUCUGCCUAGGUGUCGCGAAGAAAGACAUUGGUGGCGAUACGAAGUUGACUUCGGAGGAGAGGACUGAAGUAAUGCUCGAUCUGCACGGACUUCAUUCGAACGAAGCAACGGAGGUGCUUGAGGAAUUUCUACUUGCGCUCGAGCGGGAGCAUUUCUUGGGACUCGCAUUUGCCAUCGUCGGAGAGGAGAAACACACAGGGACGCAGGAUCCCGCGCGGGGCGCAUCGCGCGCGCGUCUGUCUGCUGGGGUAAGGGAGUGGCUUCACCGAUGGGGAUAUCCAUGGAACGAACGGGAUGGCGUCAUUUGUAUCGAUUCACUGACCCACUCAUAACGACAAGGUUUUUCAUGUCAUGGACGCAGAUCUGUGUGACUUGGGUUUAUUGGAAUGCACUCGAGGUCGGGGGUAGUAUCCGUCGAAACAAGAAGGUGUAAACAUAUGUACAAUAGUGACAGGACACGUCGGAAUAGACUGUUUCACGAGGGUC